AUGCUGGUUACCUAUUUGGAAGCCAGACGGGACCUUUGCGAUACGGACUCAAUUCUUUUUGGCGCCGCGCUGGCAGUCUGCCGUAUCAUAGGCGCCAAGGUUUCCACGGCUGGACGCGCUACUGGCCAUAGUAGCGCUAUCCCAGCAUGGAGAAGAAGAAUUGAGGAACGUAUCGCAAAGGCUAGAGCUCUCAUCGGCAGACCGAUAUGCUUCAGAUCAGGCAACAACAGGCCAAGAAUUGUGCGCACCGUCAGGAUGGCGUUUGCUGGGACAAAUGUCAGUUUGUCCCAGCCGGAUAUAACGCAAAAACUGACGGAGCGCAUAGAUGAUCUGAAGCAAAGAAUAGCUGCUUGGGGAAAGCGGAUUCGGCGAUAUACCGAGAGGUCGACACGGUUCAACCAGAAUCGUCUCUUCCAGAGUGAUCAGAAGAGGCUCUAUGAAUCAUUGGAGCGACCUAUGGUAAGUGGAACGGGUCCAGCACCGAAUCAGGCCGACACUGUAGCAUUCUGGCGCGGCCUGUGGUCAGAGCCCGUAAACCACAGCGGGGGCCUUUGGACGGAAGUUGUGGCGAGUCAGUGUGCGGGUAUUACGCCCAUGGACCCCGUCAUCAUAACGCCGGAUGACGUAGCUGAGGCGGUCCGUAGGGCGCCGAACUGGAAAAGUCCGGGGCUUGACGGGCUGCAUCACUACUGGCUGAAGGGGUUCAUGGUGUGUCACUCUGUGCUCGCCCGACAGUUUCAAGAGGCUCUCAACCAGAAGUCGCUCCCAAGCCUCUUCACUACUGGGAUCACUCAUUUGGUUCCUAAAGACCAGGGUACCACAGACCCGAGCAAAUACCGCCCCAUCACGGCGAAAGGGGGAGAAAUUGGAGGUUUCGCGUAUCGGGCUAGGAUGCAUCGUCUUUUUACUGAGCUGGAGCCAUCUAUUACAUUCACCGAGCAAAAUCUGGCAGACCGAGUUCGGUAUAUCUUGCGCUCAAAUAUAUUUGAUGGCGCCGAACUCGAACGGCUACGACGUGAGGCUGUUCCCUCAUCAAAUGAAAACGCUACGACUGAGGGUGCGGCGCCACAAGUUGCAGAACAACCCGCACACGUGGAUGCCGCCGAGAAUACCCCAGUGGUUGCUGAUUCAAAUGAUGAUGGAACAUUCGCCCAGGAACUAGAUAUAGAGCAAAUGAGGAGUACAUUGGAAGAGGCGAUUAUGGAAACGCGCAGUACGCCUCUCGAAAAUCGACCGCGACUUCCCCGCAUAGCCCUAAGCAAGCGGAAUCGGGCUGUCGUGAGGGCUCUGAACCCAAUGCUGGUUACCUAUUUGGAAGCCAGCCGGGACCUUUGCGAGACGGACUCAAUUCUCUUUGGCGCCGCACUGGCAGUCUGCCGUAUUAUAGGCGCCAAACUUUCCACGGCUGGACGCGCUACUGGACAAAGUAGUGCUAUCCCAGCCUGGAGAACAAGAAUUGAAGAACGUAUCGCAAAGGCUAGGGCCCUCAUCGGCAGACUGAUAUGCUUCAGGUCAGGCAAUACCAGGCCAAGGAUUGUGCGCACCGUCAGGAUGGCGUUUGCUGGGACAAAUGUUAGUUUGUCCCAGCCGGAUAUAAUGCAAAAACUGACGGAGCGCAUAGACGACCUGAAGCAGAGAAAAUCGCUGCUUGGGGAAAGCGAAUUCGGCGAUAUACCGAGAGGUCGACACGGUUCAACCAGAAUCGUCUCUUCCAGAGUGAUCAGAAGAGGCUCUAUAAAUCAUUGGAGCGACCAAUGGUAA